GACUGUACACAUUCUGGCCUUUCCCCCACAGUCUCCAAUGCCGUACCAAGACGGCGACCGUGUUUUGUUAUUCAUGCCGAGCUGCCGUAAAACCAGUCCCGAAGACGGAAAACAUUAACGAUAGCGUCGCCACGAACGUAGAGUCAACUGCAAGCAUCAAAAUGUUGAAAGAGUUGGUAAGGGAGCGACUAAUUGCUGCCGCCGACGAAAUCUUUGGCUUGUUUGAAAGAACGAUAGUGUCGUACGAGGAGCAACUUUGUCGAGCGAGAGAGGAGAACGACAAACAAAGACGACAACUGGAAAAUGUCGGCAACACUCAAGUGGUGCUACGCGUCGAAGACGUCCAGCUCCUGAUAGGGUGUCAGGAAGAACUUCCACCGUCAGCCACCAGGUUGGAGCAGGAUGAUCGAAAGCAACCGCAUGUCAAAGAGGAAGAGGAGGGCCCACAGCUCGCCCACAUUAAGGAAGAACAAGACUUAAACUUGCCGCUGGCUGUUAUCGCUGAAGACGACCAAGAAGAGCCACCCGAGUGGUCACAGCUUCAACAUGACAGUGCAAGUGGAGACCACCGUGGAGGAUCAGCACCAGACAAACCCUUAGCUCCACAUUUGGACCACACAGAGGAAUCCUUGAGGAUCGUUGCAGUCUGCAACAAUCGGUUGACAAACGCUGAAGAGGAGACAACUCUUAACAAUGAAAACACUUCUCAGACACGCAGGAAACGUCGCAUAACUAUACGACGUUUUAGCUGUUCAGUUUGUGGCAAAAGCUUUUGUUAUGGGUACAAUUUGACUCUACACAUCGCAACACACACAGGAGAAUACCACUUCAGAUGCUCAGUUUGUGGUGAAGGAUUCAUUAAAAAGGCAAAUAUGUUGUCGCACAUGAGAAAACACACUGAAGGAAAAUCGUUUAGUUGUCCAAUCUGUGCCAAAAGAUUUCCUCAAAAGGUACAUAUGGAUUUACACAUGAGAAUACACACGGGAGAAAAGCCCUUUAGUUGCUCCAUUUGCAGUCAAACAUUUUCUCAGAAACAGAAUAUGAACACACAUAUGAGAAUACACACAGGGGAAAAGCCUUUCAGUUGUUCAGUUUGUGGCGAGACAUUUGCACAAAAGGUCUCCUUGACCGCACACAAAGCAACGCACACAGGGGAAAAACCUUUCGCUUGCUCAGUUUGCAGGAAAAGCUUUUCUUACAAACACACUUUGAAAGCACACAUGCAAACACACAAAGAAGGAAAUCCUUUCAAAUGCUCUGUUUGGGAUCAAACGGUUUCUAAAAGCUUUGACAAUGAAAAUAUAUACAAUAACGGGGAAAAAAAUGUGCUGCAUGCAGGUGAUAAUUUUUUUUAACAAUUCCUGUGAGUUAGGGUUAGAAUUGCUUUGGGUCAGUUCCAAUGUUCUCCUGGGUUAUGUGUCAUAAAUAAGUCAAAGUAUUUUUUGUUGUUGUUGUUGUUGUUGCUUCCAUUCUUUCCAAUAACAACAAUUUGGAUUCCAAC